AUGCCUUCGGUAGAGAGGGGCCUUGAGCAGCGUACGGAUCGGACUCCGGGCGAGGGCUUCGGGUCUCUUCCCAGUCUCCUUGCACCUCCGCCACCUUUCAGUCGCGGAGGACCUAGCCCCGGACGGGACCCGGGUCAUCUGCACUUGCCGGGCUUGUUUGGGUCCCAGAAGGCAAGGAGGGACGCACCGGCGCCGGGCUGCGCCCGGGCGAAAGAAAGCGAGGGCAGCAGCGACCAAUCAGCAGCCAGCGCGUGCGGCCGCGCGCCCCUCGCGACCCGCGUACGUGCGGCGGCCGGCUCCGCCCCCGUGGGCGGGGCCUGA